AUGGUCCCAAGCACAGGUUUUUGUUCGAACCAACAGUGUUUGUUCACGAGCACCACUGGUGCCGCAUUGUGGAUGCCACAGUUGGCCUUAGAGGGGAAGCAUGCUGUCCAGCAGGCAUUUGCAGAGUUAUUGGCCAGAGGUAGCGACAAAGACAGACAGUGGCAUGAACUGUGCCUGCCAUCACAAUUUCUGGAAUGGUGCUGGCUUCGUGAUAAUAGCUUGUCCUAUCAGGCAUGUCACGUAAAAAUUCGCUCAACCAACUCAUUGACCAUCUGCCUGUGGAGCUCCAGGAACAGAGCAGCGCAGAAACAGUACUGCCAACUUCAGAUCAAGCGCCGCCAAGCAGCGAGAAACAGACGCCUUGUGUCGGACGCGUUCUCUGCUUGGAUUCUAUACCAUGGGCACCGUCUCCCAUGGCAGAAGGUCAUGAACAGGGUGUCUUGCAGACUAUCACAGCUGCGGCUCCGUCAGUCGUUCAAGGCAUGGAAGACAAUCGGCGACAUGUCUCCAGAUCAAGGCGCUAAGAUGAUGGGCCUGAUGUGGGUGCUGAGGCGCCAGAGGCUAGCGCAGUGCUUCUUGGAGUGGAAGGCGUUGACAGCAGACUUCAACAGCAUGGCACGGCAGUGGAACGAGAUGCGUGUUGUCUGCCUUGCAUUUGGAACAUGGCGGCAGGACUCAUGGGGCAGGGGUCAAAUGGCCAAGAUGGUGGGACAGGCGAUGACAAGGCGGGACAGGCGUGUAAUGAGGAAAGCUUUUGCUGGUUGGCUUAGCGAGGUGGAGGAGAUGAAGGCCAGGCAGGUUAAGCUGGAGCAAUUAGAAAGGCGACAGAAGUGGAGGUCACUUGCGAAUGCCUUCCACAUAUGGCAUUCCUCGGCACAAAAUGUCAAACUGGAAAGGAGGAGCAAGUCAAAACAGUUUGAGCGGCGUGUGGAAGCAGUGCUGGUGUUUGUGUUGGCCAGCAAGCUAUACCAGCAGCCCAUGCUGGCCAACCUCUUUGCUGAGUGGCGCAAAUUCGCCAACAGAAAGAUACAGGAGGGACCAUUGCUGGCUAAGCUGCAAGCCAGGAGGAAACGAGCUGUGCUGCGACAGGCACUACACUCGUGGAGAGCUGUGUGUCAGGACGCCGCGGGCAGUCGGAGGGAGGCUGAGGGCAUCAGGAGUCGCAGAGAUGAGGUCCUCGUGCAGGACACAUUUAUGUCGUGGAAGGAGUACGCCGCCCAAGAGCAACACAAGAGGGAGGUCGUGACACGUUGCGAGGUGUCGAAGCGGGUGGCAAUGGUGUACUUCUUUGAGUGGUUUGGCAGGAUGCUACUGCCGCCAUGGCCAAGGGGGGGGUAG